AUGGCUAAGCCAAGACUAUGGUUGGAAUGGGAAGAAAGGAUGGUCAGAAUGGAUUGUCGCCUUGCCAAUUUCGUCACCUUCGCCGAGUUCAAAGAGGCGUACAGCCAGAACGAUCGUAAACCCACUCAGAAGAGGAAGCGUGAGAUGGACGAUCUGAAGCAGCUUGCUGAUUCACCACUCGCUGCGAAGAGAUCCAGGAGAGAACCACAGUUCUAUGGGAGCGGGUGA